UGUAAGACAGGUACCCUCAGUUCAUUCUCGGUAAGGGGAAGUAGCCGGGUGCGAGAGCGAGUGGAGCGCGAGUGGAUUUCUUUUUGCCUGAUUUCUUUUUUUGUUUCUUUCGGACCGUCAUUCAGUGCCUGGAUGGCGUGGGACAGGUGUAACCAGGACUCGGUCUGGAGAGAAUUAGAGUGUGCUGCCUUGGUUGGCGAAGACCAACCCCUCUGUCCGGACCUCCCCGAACUCGACCUCUCAGAGCUUGAUGUCAGUGACCUGGAUGCGGACAGCUUCCUGGGCGGGCUCAAGUGGUACAGUGACCAAUCAGAGAUCAUUUCCAGUCAAUAUGGCAACGAGGCUUCCAACCUCUUUGAGAAGAUAGAUGAGGAAAAUGAGGCCAACUUGCUGGCAGUGCUUACAGAAACGCUGGACAGCAUCCCAGUGGACGAGGACGGAUUGCCUUCGUUCGAGGCCCUGGCAGAUGGGGACGUGACCAAUGCCAGCGACCAGAGCUGUCCCUGCACCCCCGACGGUUCGCCGCGCACCCCCGAACCAGAGGAGCCCUCCUUGCUGAAGAAGCUCCUUCUGGCACCCGCAAACUCCCAGCUCAGCUAUAAUCAAUACAUAGGCGACAAGGCACAAAACCAUGCAGCCAGCAACCACCGGAUCAGACCAACACCUGCUGUUGUCAAGACGGAGAUCUCCUGGAACAGCAAGCCGAGGGGGGGCUGUCCGCAGCAGAGCCGUCUAGUGAGGCGCCCGUGCACCGAGCUGCUCAAGUACCUGACUGCCACUGACGACAUCCUCCUCCAGACCAAAGCCAGCGACGCCAAGAGCGCCUGGGGGGGUGGCGGCAAAGACAAGGGCGGCCUGCUGGGCGCCUCCUCCUCCACCUCCUCGUCGCCGUCCUCCUCCUCCACCUCCUCCUUCUCCUCCCUCUCCUCCUCCUCCUCUAUCGCCUCCAAGAAGAAGUCAUCCUCGUCGUCCGUCGUGUCGCAACAGCAGCAGCAGCAGCAUCACCAGCGAGGUGAGAGCCGGGCUGCUGGCGAGUGUAGUGUGGCUGGUGUGGGGGCUGGGAAGUGGCGUCGUUGCGCUCAUGGGGCUGGUGGCACUGAGGGACAGUCCGAACCCGCGGCGGCACCCGCUCCCGUCCCCCCAACACGUAGGAACGGCAGUGGCCAUGCCCGCCCCAAACUGGAGCGCAGGCCGUCCAGUGAAGAAGGAAGGCCGCCAGGUCCGCAGCCUGCGGUGGACGCGGGGCGCCUGGCAGCCGCUAGGUUCAUUAGGUACAUGCAUUCUUAUUCUCUCCUUCCUAGAGAGACGGGUCAGACAGGCAGCUGUGGGCGUUGCCCUGAGGUGGGCACUGCCACUCAGGCUAGCGAGUGCUGGGGCGGGCAUGGCCGUGGUGUGGCAGCGCGUAGGCACAUCACAGUGACCAUAAAGAAAAGAGAGGAGGAGCCGGGGCAUCCGUUGCUUAGCCAGUUGCUGACCUCCAAGCAGAGGCCCGCAAGCUAUCGGGCUCACUUGCUCCUGCCCGCUACUACCCCUCAGCCCCGCAAGAGCAGUUCAUCAAGAAUGAGCUCUGGAGUCCUGGAGAGGGAUCAGUGUCCCAGCCAGGCUAUUGAGGUGGAGGAGAAGUACAGAGGGACUGUCAAUAUCAAUCCCGGCAGCUGGGGUCUCAGACAGGCCAAGGAGCCUGAUUUGGACCCCCUGUUGGCCGAGAGCUUAGGCCUAGGCAGCUGGGUUAGCCAGUCAGACCAGGGGCUAGAUUUGGGGCUGGAGCUGGGCUUGGGUUGGCCGGAGGUUGGCCUGGUGGAGCAGGCUGGCUGUUUUGGGGAGGAGGUCCGCGAUGAUGAUGCCAUGGGCAGCCCCAUGGCGCUCUCACAGGGCCUGCCAAGCCCACUCUUCCCAGAUUCUAGAAUUCCAGACCCCACUCUCUCCGUCACACAAGGGCAGCAGCACCUACACAUGCAGGCAGUCUGCAGGCACCCCGAUGACCAGGGCCUCCUGUUGUUAGCCAAACCAACCACCUUGCCACUUCCUUUGACCCCAGAGUCUCCAAAUGACCACAAGGGAUCACCGUUUGAGAGCAAAACCAUUGAACGCACAUUGAGUGUGGAGAUCUCUGGAACCCCAGGUCUGACACCACCUACCACGCCCCCCCACAAAGCCAGUCAAGAGAACCCUUUCAAAGCAUCACUCAAAACCAAGUUGUCUUCAUGCUCCUCGUCUGCCCUGGCGUGCAAGAGGGUUCGGCUGAGCGAGGCGGGCCCCUGCGGCCCCCCGGCCCUAACCCCGACCCUAGAUGGAGGUCCCUCCAGGAAGGGCCCCGAGCAGACUGAACUGUAUGCCCAGCUGAGCAAAGCGUCCACUGCCCUCCCCAACUCGGUGGUCACCGCAACGACAGGGGGUUGCCAGGAGGAGCACCGCGGCGGCAACGGCAAGCGGGGUGCCCAGCCCCGCGGCUUCAGCGACCACGACUAUUGUCAGUCGACGGCGGCCAGCACAAAACGGGACGCUGACGCUAAUGCGGCUAACGCAGCUUAUGCUACUGUUACCAUGACGACUACUACGACAACCCCUCUGAUGCCCAAUCCGGUCAUGGCGGAGGACAGGCAUGUGAAAUGUAAGGACUCAGCCAUGCCACCCUCCUCCUUUUCUUCCUCCUCCUCUUCUACAUCUUCUCCUACAUCUUCAUCCUCUUUGGCCAAGCAGCUGCAGCAGAGCUCUUACCCUGUGGCUACGGAGGCUCGGGGGCAGGACGCUCGGGGACAGGACCGGACCCCCACCACCCAGACAAGAGCACCCCCACCACAGACACCAGAUGGGGACCAGCAUUCCACCAGCAGGAAGCAGCCCCUGCGAGACCAGGAGAUCCGGGCGGAGCUCAACAAGCACUUUGGCCGCCCCCAGCAAGCCAUUUACAGCCAGGGUGAGAAGGGGGGGGAGUUGGUGGUGGAGGAGGGGGGGCAGGGAGGAGGGGAGAAGGUUGUCGCCCCGCAGGCGUCCGAGGAGAACCCUGCUGGGGAUGAGUACUACUGCAAGCUCCCUGGUUCUGGUUCUACUGGGUACCUGCACCCGGGUCUCCCGCCCUUCCACAAGGAACUUGAGCUCCAGGACCGUGGCGUGGAGGGGCGCUUCCUCUACCCCUGGGAGGGCACCCCCCUGGAACUGCUUUUCGAGUCCUGCUCGCCGUCCUGCUCGCCGUCCAGCUGCUCCCCCUCACGGGGCUCCGUCUCACCCCUCUCCUCCCUCCUCCUCUCCCCCAGACACUUUGUCUGGCCCCGUUCGGGCUCCCCCUCCUCCCGUUCUCGCUCCCGGUCCCUCAGUUCCUCCUCUCACCACCGGAGGCGCUCCCUCUCCAGCUCACCCGACGGACGCCCCUCCUCCAGGUCUCGUCACAACAUGGACUCCAGCACUUACCGAUCCAGGACCCACAAAAGCCCUCGCUCGCAGUCUCGCUCUCAGUCCAGAUCCCCCCUCAGCCGCAGGCCAAGGUACGACAGCUACGAGGAAUACCAACACGAGCGUCUGAAGCGGGAGGAGUGCCGCCAGGACUACCAGAAGAGGGAGUCCCAGAGGGCCGAGCAGAGAGAGAGGCAAAGUGAAAAAGCAAUAGAGGAGAGACGGGUGGUGUACGUGGGGAGACUGAGGUCCGACAGCACGCGAACCGAGCUAAAGCGGCGUUUUGAAGUCUUCGGCGAGAUCGAAGAGUGUGCCGUGAACCUGAGAGAUGACGGGGACAAUUUUGGUUUCAUCACCUACCGCUACACUUGUGACGCCUUCGCUGCCCUUGAAAACGGACACACCUUGCGCCGGUCAAACGAGCCCCAGUUCGAGCUGUGCUUCGGUGGACAAAAGCAGUUCUGCAAAUCGAAUUAUACAGACUUGGAUUCCCAUUCUGACGACUUUGAUCCAGCCUCCACUAAAAGCAAGUAUGACUCCAUGGAUUUUGACAGCUUGCUGAGAGAGGCCCAGCGCAGCUUGAGAAGGUAACAAGUGCUUUAGCAGCCGCUGUCUACCAAGAGGGAUGUCUCGAUACCUCACUAAUGUUUCUGUCCUUUGACUACGAGAAGUUUUACACUCUAUGUAAGAGAGUAUAUAAAGAGGAAUCUAUAUAUAUAUAUAGACCAAUAUAUAUAUAUAUAUAUAACAAAAAGUAUAUUAAAAACAACGUUUACAUGAACAUAGCUGCUGAAGAAGCUGGGAAGAGACAGUACCUGGAAAGCCAGUGAAUCCUCAUAAUCCUGUACACAGAUGUGUGUACUUUACUGCUGUACAGCAGUCAGUGAAAGACAAUAACAUUCAUGAGAUUUUUUUCUCUCCAAGCACUACAAAAACCCAACUAUGCUUUGAGUGGUGAACAUGUGCAGCUUGUUCAGUCUUUUUUCUUUUUGUCUUUGAUUAUUCUUUUUAUUUUUUUAUCCGGUGUCUGGAUGUGGUGUUACGUUAUUAACGAGAGUAUAGGGAAGUGUAUCUUGGAGGCUCAAGAUAACAUUGCUGUCUAAAUUUUCAGGACAAAAAUGUAGCCCUGUAUAUACAGAUAUUAUCAAAAGGAAUAUUUUUAUUUUGUGUACAUAUCAAACAAAGUUCUUUAUUUGUUACAGCUAUGCACUGUAAAAUGCAGCCUUUUUAAAAUGAUGAAGACAUUUUCUCAAUUAAGAAUGUCGAUCUGUAGUUAUUACAAUGAUGUAAAACAUAUUGUACACCUACAUGAAGUUUAGAGGACAUGACAUGAUUGUAAAAAUGUGUAGGAGGCUCAUUUUGAUGGAGCAUGUGAACAAAUUUCCUUUUUUAAGAAUGAUUUUGUUGGGGGAAAAAAGUUAACCAUGUAUAGUUUUAUCUGUUUAUAAAGUUUCUCAAUCAGUGUUUUUCCGUAUACAACAAGUAUAAAAUGCAUUUUUAACGUGUUUUUUCAUGAUUGUAAUGAAACAAACCCCAUUUUUAAUAAUAUUUCUGAAACAAUCAGUAUAUAUAUAUAUAUAUAUCAAUUCAUUUUGAUUUCAAUGCUUUUUAUGGUUCUCGUUUUGAUAAUUUUACUCUCAGUGAGAAAAGACUACUACUAUGUUUAAUCUGUUUAAUCAGGAUAAACCGUUCAUAUUUAUCUAUUUAUUUUAAUAUUUGAAUCAAAAAUAUUUAUCCUCUCCAUCUCACAUGGUGUACCUCACACAUUUUUGCUAUUUAUAUUGUUAUUUGAUUUUUGUUAUUUCACUUACAAUCAGUGGGUAAGGUGUACAAUAAUGUGGGAAUAUUACAUUCUAUGCCUUUCAGAAACAAUAAAAAAUCAAUUCUAAUCUCCUCGA